UUAUAAAAUGAAAGUAUCGACACAUUACUCACAUAUUUAAACUUAUACUUGUGUGUUUUUGGAUGUUGUGAUAUCGUUGGAUUUAUAUUUUAUAUACUUGGAGAAAUGUCUCGUCAGCCAGAUAUGGAGUCAAGUUCUUCUUUGAAUUUAAUCAAAGCUCUAGAGAAGCGCAGAAUAAAAGAUAGUUUUGAGAAGAAACGUCUUAAAGAUGAUAUGAAAGCGAAGGAAACCCCUGAAGAGAAAAGGGUUCGCCGUUUAAAAGAAAGAGAAGCGAAGGAAAUGCGCCGCCGCGAAAGAAUGGGUUGGGAUACCGAGUACCAGCAUUACACAGAUCAAGACAAUCCUUUUGGAGAUUCAAACCUUACUUCUACAUUUGUUUGGUCAAAAAAAUUGGAAAAGGAAGGCUUACGGAAUGUAUCGACUGAAACUGUUGAUAUCCUGUCAAGGCAAAAGUUACUGGAAAACAGACUUGAACUUGAAAAAGUAAAGAAACGAAGGCAAGAACGUGAAUUGGAAAAGCAAGUACGAGAAGAACAAUCUGUUUUGCAACAACGUGUGAAAGAAGCUGCACAGUUUCAAGAAUGGGAGUUGCAAGAAGAUCAGUUUCAUUUAGAGCAAGCACGUUUGCGAAGCAUCAUAAGAAUACAAGAUGGUCGUGCAAAGCCAAUAGAUUUGUUAGCGCAAUAUUUGUCAGGAUUCAAACCAGAAGAUACAAAUGAAAUACAGAUGCACGAACCGUAUGUUUUGUUAAAUGGCUUAAGUUUAAAAGAUCUUGAAGAUUUACUAAUUGACAUAAAAAUCUAUGUAGAGCUGGAUAAAGGUAAAAAUACAGAUUUUUGGAAUGAUAUGACAGUAAUUGUUGAAGACGAAUUGUUUAGACUUAAAAAGAAUGAAAACAAUUCCGUUGAAAAUGGAGCAGUUGGACGUAGAGAAGGAAUACAUGACUGCGUGGCUAGAGAUGUCGCUGAGAUAUUUCGAAAGAAGAAUGCAAAGCAGUUAAACGAAUUACGUUGCAAAAUAGAAAAUAAAAUAAAGUCUAGAUCAGAUGGUGUAGACAUUAGUUAUUGGGAAAGUCUACUUUCUCAGUUAAAAGCACACAUGGCUCGCGCUCGUUUACGUGAUAAACAUCAGGAAAAUUUACGACAAAAACUAAAUAUUCUUAAAAAUAAAACGGAAGAAAAUGAGAACUUGGUUGCUACGGUUACAUCGAACGAACGAAACGAAAGUGCAACUUCUUCCUCAAUUGAGACAAGCAGUAAUGUUGAUAAAGAGGCAAAACAUGACUCAAACACAUUACAAAAGUUUUUCGACUUAUACGAAGAUGGUCGGUAUUCUCCAACAUAUAUUUCGAACAUUGAGGACGAGAACACUCUAUGGAUUGCCACAGAAGAAGAGAGCUUCCUUGAAAUAGAAUCAUUACGUGCUAAAGCACUGAACAAUAAAUCUCAAAAAGAGUUGUAUACUAUUGAAGAAAGGAGUAUGUGCAAUGCAAUGCGCAAAGAUAUGGGAAAAGAUGAAGCUGAAUUCUCUGUCGAAGUGCCGUUAGAAGUCGUUCAAGUAGCCUCUGACAAGUAUAGACCUCGUAAACCACGUUACUUCAAUCGCGUGCAUACCGGUUUCGAGUGGAAUAAAUAUAACCAAACACAUUAUGAUAUGGAUAAUCCUCCUCCUAAAAUAGUUCAAGGAUAUAAAUUUAAUAUUUUUUAUCCCGACUUAAUUGAUAAAAAUGUUACUCCACAAUAUUUCUUAAAACAAUGUGACGAUAACUCUGAUUUUGCGGUACUUCGUUUUCAUGCCGGUCCACCGUAUGAAGACAUUGCCUUUAAAAUAGUACAUCGGGAAUGGGAGUUUAGCUAUAAAAGAGGAUUUCGUUGUCAGUUUCAUAAUAAUAUAUUUCAACUUUGGUUUCAUUUUAAAAGAUAUCGUUAUCGUAGAUAAGCUUCAAUUAUUAUUAUUUUUUGUUUAUAUGUGGUUCAACUAAACUUGUAUUUAAAAUUAAUAUCAUUAAGAUUAAUCUUCUAACUGUUAAAUAACGUUUCCAACUGAUUAUAGGGCAGAGAAUUUUUGUGAAACAAUGUAUAUUCAAUAAAGAACUGUCAUUAAUAAAAAACAACUAAUAAUACACGGCUAA